UCUCUGCAGCCCAAGGUGUAACACGUAAUGCUAAUCAGAGCUCCGCCUCCAAACAGAUCUGCGAGUCCAGCACGUAGUUUGUCAGCAGGACAAUACAGGCCGAAAACGGGCGGAUUGGACGUCUGCGGGAGCGAAAGUGAAGGAAUUUCUCUCUGGUUAUUUCCCUGACCAAAAGUAAGAAGCAUGAACGUGUUUGAUCGCAACAUCAACUUUGAUGCCCUCUUCAAAUUCUCUCAGAUCUCCCGUUCCACUCAGCAGCACCUGAAGAAUGUCUACGCCAGUUUAGCUGUGUGUAUGUUCGUGGCGGCAGCCGGGGCCUACGUCCAUGUUGUCCUCAGGCUUUUUCAGGGUGGGAUGCUCUCCGUGCUGGGAUCUCUGGCCAUGAUGGCUUGGCUCGCCAUGACGCCUCACAGCCCUCAGACUGAGAAGAAGAGGCUGGGCAUCCUCGCUGGCUUUGCUUUCCUCACAGGUGUUGGACUUGGCCCAGCAUUGGAUUAUGUCAUAAAAAUCAACCCAAGCAUCAUCAUGACUGCUUUCCUGGGCACCUCAGUCAUCUUCACCUGUUUCACUCUGAGUGCCCUCUAUGCUCAACGUAGGAGUUACCUGUUCCUGGGAGGCACUCUGAUGUCGGCCCUGUCUAUUCUGCUGCUGGUUUCUAUCCUCAACAUGUUUGUGGGCUCCGUCAUGCUUUUCAAGGCUCAUGUCUACAUUGGUCUGGCUAUCAUGUGUGGAUUUGUGCUAUUUGACACUCAGCUCAUCAUUGAAAAGGCAGAAAUGGGAGAUAAGGAUUACAUUUGGCAUUGUGUGGAUCUCUUCUUGGAUUUUGUGACCAUCUUCAGAAAGCUCAUGGUCAUCCUUGCUAUGAAUGAAAAGGACAAGAAGAAGGAGAAGAAGUAGACGGACUCUGGAAAGUUAGAAACAUAAAAAUAAAAAUAAAAAUCUGUGAUUUGUUUGCAUCGGAAAGUGUCUGAUGCGUCCAACAUAACAUCUUAAUUAUGAAUUCGAUUCUAUUGAUUUUGUACUUUGGUAUGUUGUCUUAAUUUUGUUUGAGAAUCAUGGAUUUAGGCUGUGUAGUAAUGUUGACAGAUGUGACUUCAGUAUAAUGUUUUGAAGGUCUCUACAGUUGUUAAUUUUUUUUUUUUCUUCUUCAUUUAAAAAUAUAGAGGCAGAUUUUUUUGAUCUAGCAUAAAAGAUCUUAAGUUCUUUUCACAUAUCUUUCCUCUGACUUGCAUUACUGCUUAAAAUGUGAUACUUUUUCGUAGUUAACCAGGCAAGGUAGAGUAAACUUAAUCCUCUUAUUGUAAAUAUUGUGAAGGAUUUGACAAGUCAGUUGUAACAGAUAAAUUAACUGCUCACUACUUUCUUAAAGUUUUGCUUAAUUGUUUAUAUUACAGCUACUGAAGUUUUCUCCCAUUCCCCCCAAUAUUCAGUCACACAAAGGUGAAUUUCUCCUUGUAUUGCCAUUGAUAGUCACAUUUUUCUUAUUAUUGCAGCUGCUGUAUACGCCAAUGUUAAGAAGUUCAGCACUCAGGCUUUGAGGAGUGUGUUUAUCAUCAAUGGUGAUAAUGUAGCUACUGAUCAGGUUGUAUUUUGAACUCCCUACUGACUAACGAUAAUAAAUAGUGCCACAGAUGGUUUGGGUUCCAUA